AUGAGGAGCUUCCAGACCAACACCUCAAGCACCAGUAGCUUCAUACUCACGGGCUUUCCAGAGAUGGAGAGUCUGGAGCACUGCCUAAGUGGCCUCCUGCUGCUGCUGUAUGCUAUCUCCAUUGUAGGCAAUGUCCUCAUUCUCUUCAUCAUAAAGGAGGAACAGAGCUUGCACCAGCCAAUGUACUACUUCCUGUCCCUCUUAUCUGUCAAUGACCUGGGGGUGUCCUUUUCCACUUUGCCCACGGUACUGGCUUCUAUGUGUUUCCAUGUUUCAGAGAUUGCCUUUGAUGCCUGCUUGGCCCAGAUGUUCUUCAUACACUUUUUUUCCUGGACGGAAUCUGGGAUUCUGCUGGCCAUGAGUUUUGACAGGUAUGUGGCCAUCUGUAACCCUUUGCACUAUUCCUCAGUGCUCACUGAUGCCCGUGUGGCCCACAUGGGUAUGUCUAUUGUUGUCCGCAGCUUCUGCAUGGUCUUUCCACUUCCUUUCCUACUGAAGAGGCUGUGCUUCUGUAAGGCCAAUGUUCUGACCCAUUCCUACUGCUUGCACCCAGACCUGAUACGUCUACCCUGUGGAGAUACCACCAUCAAUAGCAUGUAUGGGCUGUUUAUUGUCAUCUCUGCCUUCGGUAUAGAUUCAAUGCUCAUCCUUCUCUCCUAUGUGCUCAUUCUGCGCUCUGUGCUGGCCAUUGCCUCCCGGGAAGAGAGACUCAAGGCACUCAACACAUGUGUGUCACACAUCUCUGCUGUGCUCAUCUUCUAUGUGCCCAUGAUUAGUGUGUCAAUGGUCCACAGAUUUGUAAAGCAUGCCCCAGAGUAUGUGCACAAGUUCACAUCCCUGGUAUAUCUCUUUGUGCCUCCAAUGCUCAAUCCUAUUAUCUAUUCCAUCAAGACAAAGGAGAUUCGCAGGAGGCUGCACAAGAUGCUGUCAGGCACCAAGUUCUGA